AUGUCCCGACUUUGGCGGUGGAUGAAAAAACUUAAAUGGGCGGGGUUUGCAGGGCAUAAUGGGAGGACUGCACUGUCUGUUGGAAAAGGAGAGCUUGCAAUUUUCUGUCCUGCAUGCCCACAACCUGGAAUCAAUUUACCCACUAAUUGGAGAGAGGACACAAAUCAAUGGGUGUAUAAGCGGAUAUUCGUGGCGGAUGGAAAUUUCAAGGCUGAUCAUGUCCGCUCAGAAAAGCCAUCUCGGGAUGUCUGGCUUUCAGAAGGUAGUGGCAUGAUACCAGAUUGUACAGAGUAUCAUGCUUUUCUCAAAUCUGCUAUUGAGGCACUAACGGGUGCUCCAUGCGAGAACACAUUCCGUGCAAUUCAAAAUUCUCUGUUGUCAAAAUCACCUUGCGAUGUUACAGGAAUUGUCGGCAUUGCAUGCACCCAACAUGGCUGCUAUGCUCCAAAUGCUCUUGUUGACCUUUUCAAAGGUGAGCAGCAAAAAAAUGUCGACUUUGCAUUUUUAGCUGCACUUGCAUCGACCGGUGUCCAUCCCGACCAAGGCACAAUGGUUAUAUAUGACAUUGUUUGCCAGUAUAUCAUCUGGCUACUCAAACGGAUUAAGGAUCAUCUCCCUAAUGGACUCAAGAUUGACAGAGCAAUUGGGAUGUUUCAUGUUCAUGCACACAAAGAUGAGUGUUUUUUCCGAUAUGCACCGACUUUUAUUCCUGGUGCCGCUUGUGUUUGCGGAGAAAUUCUUGAAUCGCUCUGGGCCGACUUAAAUGCCAUAUUCCCUGCAGCUUGUACAGCAACAUUAGCACAUCGAGCAGAGAUUCUUGAUGAUCACGCAUGCGAUUCCAACCACAAAAAGGCACUUGGGAUAACCCGAUAUCUUUGCCGACGAUAUUUGGAAGCCGAAGAAACACGAGAAAAAUAUCGGAUAUGUUUCUCUAACCUUACCAAUGCUGCCGAUCCCGAAGCAGUCCAGUUGUGGACUAAGCAGAUUGAGCAUGUAGAGCAACAUCGGUUGGAAGAUCCAAAGCUCAUGGACAUUUAUAUGGCUAAACGGCCUGGAUCUGCUCCAGUCAAUACAGCCGCAAUAAUUGAAGAGAAACAAUUGGAUAUACGGAUGCGUGCUCGCCGUCUUGUCAAUCAUGACCGCCUCACCGACCGUGUCAAACUUCAAAAACUGCGCGAUGCCCUCAAAACAUUAAUGGUUCAACUUAAUAAACUCCAGGCCAAAGCGGGUGUUAUUGCUACUGGGAGGCAAGAUAUUGACAUAUCCGACCAGAUUUUAAUUGACUGGGAAGAUGAAGAAGAUGUUUUGGCUCCGGGGUCGGGUCCGACAGUAAACGAGGACAUUGAUCUACAACCAAUAUGCUUACCGUCGAAUGGUGCUGCAAGCGAAAUUUAUGCAUCAGAUGAACUUGAAGCCAGAAUAUCAAAAGCUAGAAGUCACCUUAACCAAAUCCGAGAACUAAUAGCAGAGCGGUCUUUCCAGUUUAAAGAAGUUGUCCGAAAGGGUCCACAAAAAGGAGUUCGCACACGAGGUCAAACAGCGGUAAAAGAGUUGAAAGAUCAAAUUUCAAUGCAUGCACAGGCGUACUCACACUGCCAAAGUCGUAUUGUAAAGCUCAGGGCCGAUGAUGAAAUUCUCAAGGAAUUGCGCAUUUUAACCAAAGAAGACAUCAAAUCAAGUACUGCUAUUCUCAAUCCAAAUUUGCCAGGAUCAACCAAAUUUCGUUUAUCAUGGAUUUGGUAUUCUGUACACCAAAGGUUCGGACCACGAUGGGCGCUUGACCCAACAGCUACACCUGAUGCCGACCCAAACACAUUGUCGGAGGAAGCAGAUCCCGCUACUUUAAACGAGUUCAUUGGUUGCGGGCACGAGCACUCUAUCAUCGGUGGCAAGAAGAAGCAACACUAG